AUGUCAGACCUCGGCGCCCUCGUCGAAGAACAACACGACACCCUCAUCCUCCUCCAAGCGAUGUAUCCACGCGAGUCGGAGCGCGUCUUUCCCACCCCUUCGGCUCUUGCGUUCCUCUCUUCCCCUUCCGCCCUGCCCAGCUCCAGGGAGGUCUACGUCGAGCUUAAACUCUCCCUGGACCCCUCCUCGGUAUCAGCGGAUAGCGCGGUAACGCUCGAGAUCACCCUUUGCCUGACUACGGCCGAACCAAAGGUCAAUCUCAAUCUGGGCAGCUCGGCGCUCAGUCGGUCAGAGCAUGAGAACCUCCGUGAGGUGAUCCGCCCGAUGGCGGACGAAGAGGGGAGCAGCGAUUAUAUCCUCGAUAUGAUCGCUUCCCUCGAAACGCAUUUCUCGACCAUUAUCGACGGGCGUGCUGCGCCGCAGGUACCCCUGGCGAAGCAGGAGAAGGAGGAGAAGCUGGAAAGGGUGUGGUUUUGGUUCCCCUCGUUGUCGUCCAGAGAGAAGAGGAAGGAUUUGGUUGUCUUUGCGCAUGAUGCGGGGCUGACGGGAUUUGUGCUUGCUGGCAAACCCGGACUACUUUGCGUGGAGGGGGACGGAGCGGACGUGGACGCCUAUAUGGGACGUAUCAAGUCGGAAUCAUGGUCCGACAUCCCAUCAUACCAGAAGAAGGUGACUGAGCGACUCCGCAAUACCCUCGCUUCACCCACAGACCGCCUUCUCCCUCGUAUGGUCGACAUCACGGACCAGAUCUCGCAUUAUGGCACGUACGCCCAUCGGCCCGAGAUGGGCGAGGUCAAGGCGCAGAUGCAGAAGUGGGGAGUGGAAGAGGAGUGGGCGGAGGUGAUUAUGGGUCCUGGAGGUGGGGCGUCGGGAUGA